GUAGUCGUACAACAUUAGUACGAACAUGGCCGACGCGGAGGGCUCCAGCCAAGAGGAGCCAGCCGUCGCUGAAGCUACGACGGCUGAAACACCGCUCUCAGCCCGACCGCGAUAUGUCUCGUUUAGUGAAUCGAUGCAACCUGCAGUUGGUAUGGUCAGCCAACUGUUUGGCCAGCCAACUUCGCUUAAAUUUGACAAGAACAUCAAACAGGCCUUCUAUAACACCGGGGCGAUGAUUUUCGUGGCGAGCUGUUGCGGCGCAGCGGUUUUAGUUUACUUUAUCCUGGAGGCGUUUCUCCGACCCCUGCUUUGGGCUGUGCUGUGCGGGACAUUUCUGCACCCGUUCAAGUACUCUCUUGCCCGUCUCUGCCGCUCCUGGCUCAAUGGACUUCAGGAGACGGGAACCCCGGUGGUGUUGGGGACCUUAUUAGUUCCGGUGUGGUGUGUGAACUAUGUUAUUGACAUGCUGGGCACACUGGUGUUAGAGCGCUUGAAAGUACUCAUGCUAGUGUUUGCUGGAGCCCCUUUACUCUACGGACUUUACCUCUCUUGGAGUCUAGUUGGCAUGCAAGUGGUUCUCGCGUACGUCUGGACUGCCAUCUCACUUGCGCUGGAUUGCUUCAGCGCUGUUUGGGUGGGUACUUUGGUGAUCGGCUAUGUCUUGGCGGUCAUCUUCAAGUGGACUCCAGGGAUGGAGGGUUACCUGCGAGCCAUGUCUGUCCCAGUAUGGACUGUCCUCAUAUUUUACCUAGUUUCUCUGGCGGGCUCCUGGAGGGUUCCCAUGUUUGUCAUCGCUGUUGUCCUUCUCCUCAUCGGAACCCAGGAGAAGCAGCCCACACCAGGUGGAACCAAGCAUGAAAAUCAGUUGUCGGGGCAGGUGUUGUCUUUUGCAGCCAGCACCAUUUACAUGGCCAUCUCCUGCAGCACUCACGGACAGCCCAAAGUGGAGCAGCAGAGGAGCGACACUGCACCGUCCCAAGACUCGGUGGAUGGUGCUGGACCAAGUGCUGGUGGUGGUGGCGGUGGUGGUGGUGUGCAGCGUGUCCAGCGGCCCGUGCGGCCCCAGCUGGGAGCCAUGCAGCAGAAGAAGAGGGCCAGUGACAUCUACUUCGUGAUGCUGGGAUGGGCCUUCAUCAUUGUGCAGAUCUUCCUCAACCUGUGGAUUAUACAGCUGCUCCCCAUACCUGUAGCUGUGUGGCUUCUGAAAAAGGCCAUAGUGCACUUUGGGUUGAAGGGCUUCGCCGAGCGAGCCCUAUGGUCCUGGUGGGGGAGACUGCAGCAGUUCGUCGGCGAGAGACAGGAAGUGCUUCUGCCCGGACCAAUCAGAGGCCUCUCUCGCUUCCUGCUUCGUAUCGACACAAAGCUCUGGCAUUGGCUUAAUCAGCAGAUCAUCGUGUGGCUGGAGAGUUCCCUGGACAAGCUCAUCAGCAUCUUGAUCAUCUUCCUGCUGGUGACGGGGACUCUGAUCAUGGCAGUGCUGCUCACAUCAAUGGUCCACCAUGAGAGCGUACACAUCAUCGAGGUCACCAGUAACCUGAUUAACGAAACCGUGUCCAACCAUCCUGAGUGGGCGAACUGGCUUCCAGAGGCGCGCGUGGUCCAAAAUGCAUUAAACUCAGCCGCAACCAAUGUCUACCAACACGGUCGAGAAUGGAUAACACACAAGCUCCACAAAAUGUUAGGUGACAAGGUCAACCACACAGCUGUCAUUGAGAAACAGGUUCUGGAACUAUGGGACAGACUGUACCAGACUUGGUUUGUAAAGAAUAUGACACACCAUGGCCGCCACCACCGGGGCCACAACGGGCACGAGCAGAUGACAGUUGCUCCUCCUUCACAAAAUGCGACACAGCAUGGCCGCCCCCACCGGGGCCACAAGUGGCACAUCCAGAGACAGGGCAGCUGGCUGGGGGACAUCCUCGACUGGCAAGACCUCGCCUCCUUCCUGCAAGAGAACAUCGAGACCCUCAUUUCGAUUCUGGAGUCACUGUGGAUCGUGAUGAGUCGGAACCUUGGCCUCCUCAUCUCCACGGCAACCACUCUGUUUACAGUCCUCUUCCACAGCGGGACGGCCUUACUCAACUUUGUCCUGUCCUUGGUGAUUUUCCUCACCACUCUGUUCUAUCUGCUGAGUUCCAGUGGGGAGUACUAUAAGCCAGUCAAGUGGGUGAUCAGCCUCACCCCGCUGUCACAGCCCGGGCCAUCCUCCAACAUCAUCGGCCAAUCAGUGGAGGAAGCCAUUAGGGGGGUGUUCGAUGCUUCGUUGAAAAUGGCGGGCUUCUACGGCCUCUACACUUGGCUCACUCACACCAUCUUUGGCAUCAACAUCGUCUUCAUCCCGUCAGCCAUGGCUGCCAUCCUGGGUGCGGUGCCGUUCCUGGGGACGUACUGGGCGGCGUUGCCUGCGGUGCUGGACCUGUGGCUGGCGCAGGGCGAGGGCUUCAAGGCCCUGCUGCUGCUGCUCAUACACCUGGUGCCCACCUACUGCGUGGACACCGCCAUCUACUCCGACAUAUCUGGGGGAGGCCACCCGUACCUGACGGGCCUGGCGGUGGCGGGCGGGGCCUACUACCUGGGGCUGGAGGGGGCCAUCAUCGGGCCCAUCCUGCUCUGCAUCCUGGUGGUGGCCGCCAACAUCUACAGCGCCAUGCUCAUGAGCCCCAGCAGCACCCAGGCCACGCCUGUACAGGCCUUCCAGAGACCCUUCAUGGACACCCCCAUGGUACUGAAGGAAGGGAGUGAGUGAAGAAACGGACAAUGCGCCUACAGUGUGCCUGUGGUCAUCUCUGUCUCUGUCACACACACACACACACACACACACACACACACACACACACACACACACACACACACACACACACACACACACACACACACACACACACACACACACACACACACACACACACACACACACAGGUCAAUGUGACGUACAGUACAGUACCAUCCCUGAGACGGGGCUUCCAUGUUAUUCAAGCAGGGGCUGCUACCAUGGCCAUGCUGUACAUGUGUGUGGCUACUACAGUACAAUGGUGGCACAGACAACGUAGACAUGCUCUGCACCAGUUCUUAAUUACGUCAGAGGUCUCUGUGAAGAAAGCAGUCUUAUUUUUACCAAGUGAAUGUUUUGUCCGAGUUGUCUUUCUCGCUAAAAAAAGAGCCACAGAGCAUCAACUUAAGGCUGACAUCGGCUUAGCUGUUAUAAGCUAACACCAGCCGCCCUAACAAGGCUUAGAUUGAACUUCAACUAGCAACUCUAAUGCUAAACACGCACUUGACUGGCUAGCGCGCUAGCUGCUGUUAGCCACAUAAUAUGCAAUGAGGCAGCAUUAUUUACCAAAAAAGAGCUCUUGGUAAGACGCCAAACUAAGUUGACAUACUACAAUAAUACAAAUGUUGAGUAAUAUGGUUCUCCGGUAACCAUAAAGAUAUAUCAUCUUUAGCAGAAGGGCCAGGUCCUGUAUAUCGAAUACCUCCUCUGUCCAAAUACUGACUCAGUGCUUAGAAAAAAAACGAUGGCAGUGAAAUAGCUGCACUAAACCUCAACUGGCACAGCAACCGAGUGCCAUUUGAAAUAUCGCUAGCGCAAGCUACUUUGUAAUGACCUUAUUUAUUUUUUGGGUCGGUGUGUAAUAGCACAGAGGAACAUGAGUUACACUCUAAAAUGGCUCAACCAAUCAAGUUUGUCCUUGUUAGGGCAUAUAUGAUUAGUGAUUCUUAUCAUUUGUUAUUUUUUUCUGUCAGAUAUGGUUUAAACGGUUUCCUUCAAAUAAAACGGUUGCUGGCGCUGGCUGGUGCUGCUAGGAAACCAGGAGCCCAGGGAUCAGACUAGGACACUCUAUGCAUCUUAGUCGACUGUCUUGCUCUUUUGGGAAAGCUAAUGUCUUAUCUGUGAAUACUGCCUGUUUGUGCUGAAGCACGAGGGGCAACUAGGUCUUGGCCUGUCUGGUGCCUGGCAGGCCUGAAUUGUCGCUACACUCUCUCACACAAAUGCAUAAAACACACUCUCAUUUUGUUUACACACAUAUCAUAGAACUUUGGCAGUUUUGAGUGAUGGCCUUUUGUUACAAGCUUUAUUGUAAAAUGAAUGGCACACAGAAAUACAUACUGUAAGGUUGUCACUGAAACGCGUGCCGUGCACACAUCCAUGGUAUCUAUCUACCAUGCUGUGUACUCCAUAACCGUUUUCAGUGAGGGCCUUUUUUGUUGAACACACAUUCAUGGCUGCAGCUCAGCUGCCAUGUUGUGCACUUUAGAAAGGCUGUCUCAAUGUGCAAUGUUUACUGUUUGUGACAGUAGAGUGGUUUUGUAUUGGUUAAGUUAAGUAUUACUAUGUGCUCUACACGUUUAGAGAUGCCUUGUUUGCUUUUAAGAUGCACAAGAGCCCCUAAUGCAGUGAAUUAAAUGGGCCAACCCUCUUCCUCUCAGAGGCCAAUGAAGCUCAGUCCUGUGGUUACUUUGGGCCAGGACAGUCGCAGUUACAUCUAGAAAGGAUAAUAAUUGGCUUUAGUGAAGCUUUAUGCACAGAGGUUAAGGAAUAUACAACUGUUUUGUUAAUAUCCCAUUAAUAAACAGUUUGAUUUUGCUCUUUAGAGACAUUGCCAUUGCUUAGUCUGCCUUUAAUUUGAACACAUAUAGUGCUUGCCACCUUUUGUUGCCCUGUGAAACCCAAAUUGGGAGAAGGUUGUCUGCCUACAGGGUAUAUGCCCGACACUCUGGACGUGUAGCGGGCACAUGCACAUGCAUAAACAUACUUAGAACAUGGUGAAAAUUUCACAUUGAAGUGACACUUUGACGCCACAACAGCCAGUGGCACCAGCAUCCUGAUCUGCCCUGCCUUCCACUCACUUCUUAAAGGGACAGCCAGGCUGUUUGAUACGUUUUUUUACGGUUAAAACGGUUGAUAAAAAAAUGGAAUCAAACUCAAUUUGAAUCAAUAUCCAAAUGUUGCAGAAGCACAUAAGAUAUGAGCAUGAAUCAUUCACUCAGAUCGCACGAGUUAACAUUCAUCUGGUCCAAUCUAACUCAAUCAGGUAUGUUUAUGCUCAGUGAUGCCACCAGAUCUGAGAUCAAUGGGAUGAACAGGAUAAAACAGACACAGUUUAACUUGAUGGGCGUUGGUAACAAAGGGAGCCUUUUCCCCUAAAAAAAUGCAUUUUUUUCCGUAAGAAAAACAGAACACUCCUGUCUCCUUGCUGUGUUAAAGAGAUUUUGAAUGUGAAGCAGGGAAUAGGCCAAGCCUUUUUUUCAUUCACCUUGGAUUUAUGAAACUGUAAGGCUUUAACAUGUUAGACAUCUUUAAAUAUGCAUAGGUAUUUUUCCCUUGUCCCUAUAUAUGUCCAUUUUACAAGCACUUUGGAAUUAAGACAUAUUUGAAGAACCUGCUACUUUUUACACCAAAUAAGAAUAAUAUUUACAUUUUAUUUUACACAAUUUUUAAGAUUUUAUUUCUAACUUUCUGUAGACACAAAACUACUGUUAUAUUGUUAAUAUUAUUUCCUAGUAUUUUUUUUUUUUGUUCCAUAUUCUGUUGUCAUGUUUUCUACCAACAUUCACAUUAAAGAAUUGAAAUGCUGA